UGUUUAAUUCGCGAGCUUGAGAAUACUUUUUGUUUUGGUUUCGAGCAAUACAAAGAGACGCGAUAGAUAAUAUGGAAAAGCUGUUGCUGUUGUCCAGCAUCUUGUUACCACUUCUUGGCAUAAUAUCGCCAAAUUCGGCUCAGAAUUUGCCGGAUGUCGCCUGUCCGCAGUACUUUGAGUAUCUGUCAUUCAAUCAGCAGUUUAUAGGACACAUUUCGAUACGACAUGACCCUCAAUAUGAAAGUAACGAGCUUUUUGUGGAGUUCUCACAGCGCGGCGCUUAUCAAUGGGACUUUGCUGGCAGUAUAGCACUGCUGGACGAUCAGGAGACAACAAAAUCCCGUUUACGCGAUGGCGAACCCAUUAACUAUCGCGUUGACUUUCCCAUACCCAGCUUUCCGCCCAAAUUAACACAGAUCAGGCUCAACAAUGUCGUGCUCUGCAGUGCAUCAGGGUAUCCGCGACCGAAAACGGCAAUCGCACUCAUGCAUUCAUUGCGUUCCACGACGGUGCCGCUUGCCUUCUUGGACACACGGCGUGUUACGCCGGGGUCUAAUCAACAGUGGCAGUUCGGACCGUCCGUUCAGCCCAAAGAGCAGCCUGUUUACAAUAUUGAGGAGACUCAAGUUCCGGCAACUCCCAGACCAACUCCAGUGGUACAACAGCAAGCUGACUUCCGCAAUAGAGUGGAGCCAAGGCCUGAGCUAAUUGACCAGUCGCUGAGUACGGUUUGUGGUCGCGAAAGAGCCGUGACGACGCCGCUCAUCUUCCAAGGCGAGCAGCUGCAGCGCGGCCAGCUGCCCUGGCUUGUUGGUCUCCUUGAGCGUGGUACGGACAAUGCCCUGAUCUUCUUCUGUGGCGGCUCGCUUAUCUCGUCCUGGACAGUGCUAUCGGCGGCACACUGCUUCCGAUUUCCAGGGCGUGAUCUGCCGGCCAAUCGAACAAUCGUCUCCCUGGGACGCAACACCAUCGACAUCGUUUCGGAUGGCGAGUUGCGCGAAGUAACGCAGCUGCUUUACCACGAGGAAUACGUCCCGUUUAGAGCAAAUGCAGAUAUGGUGCUCAUCAGACUAGCCAAGCAAAUUACCUUCAAUGAUUACAUUGUUCCCAUUUGCCUUUGGAACGAGAACUUUCCGCUGCAGCUGCCGUCAGGCUAUAAGACCUAUGUGGCCGGUUGGGGCGCUGAUGAGCAUGGCAAUGUAAACACUAAAUUCUCUAAAAUCACGGACACAAAAAUUGUCACAGAGUCCGACUGUCUGCGCGAGAUGGUACGCUCCCUGGUGCAGCCGAACACGAUCUGUACCAAGCGAAAUGGCGCCGGUCCAUGCGCCAGCGAUGGAGGCGGCGGCUUGAUGCUUAGGGAGAACAACGUCUGGCUGUUGCGUGGGGUCAUCUCACUUGGCACGCACAAGAAUAAUACCUGUGAUCUCUCCCGGCCUUCCCUCUACACGGAUGUGGCCAAGCACAUUGCCUGGGUGCGCCAGAACAUGUGGAACAUGGAACAGCUAUUUGUAGUGCCCGGCAUUUUUCUGACACUGCUGUUCUUAACUUGGCCCAGUGCAGCUCAGCGGGUACCGCCGGUGGCCUGCCCACAAUACUUUGAGUACCUGUCCUUCAAUCAGGAGUACGUGGGCCGUAUUUCAGUACGGCAUGAUCCACAGUACCAGGAGAAUACGCUCAGUCUUCAGUUCUCGCAGCGUAACCGCUUAAACUCGAAUUACGUUGGCAGCCUCACACUGUGGGACGACGAGCAGGUAACCAAGUUUAAUCUGCGCAAUGGUAACCCUAUAAAAUAUCGCAUUGAUUUUCCCACACCUGAAGAGCUGCCCAAGCUGACGCUGGUGAUGCUCAACGAUGUUGUCUUAUGCAGAGCAUCGCCAUAUCCUCCUAGCAGUGUUACGCUCUCCUUGUCUCACUCGCUGCGCUCAACGACGGUGCCGUUAUUUACUCAGCAGCCUCAAUUUGUACAGCAAACAAAUCCCCGACCGGUGCAGCGGCCGCAGCGCCCAUUUUGGCAGGACACUUUUGUAGAACCCGAGCCGGAGGAGAGACUCACAUUCCGUGUCCCACAACCGCCUGCCCCGGUACCAGCAACACCAGCACCACCCGCGCCAACACCAGCGCCAACGCGUCCUCCAACUCAACCUCCCAGAGCACAACCGAGACCAUCAGUAGUACCCAACACAGGCGGCCAGGGACUUCGGCAGCUCGGUGGAAUUUGUGGACGCGAAGGGCCCAUCACAUCGCCGCUUAUCCAUCAUGGCACGCAGGUGCGCCGCGGACAGCUGCCUUGGAUGGCGGCACUGUACGAGCGUGGAGGAGAUGGUCUGCGCUUUUUCUGUGGCGGCACGCUCAUCUCCGCCUCAACAGUGCUGUCGGCGGCGCACUGCUUCCUUUACACUGACCGAAAUCUGCCCGCCAACCGCGCUGUCGUCUCUCUGGGUCGCAACACACUGGAUCUGGUGGCGGAUGGCCUGCUGCGGGAGGUAUCUGUGCUGGUCGUACAUGAAGAGUACGCGCCACAAAACUACACGGAUGCGGACAUAGCGUUGCUCAAGCUGGCAUCUCCAGUGAGCUUUGGUGAAUUUAUCAAGCCCAUAUGCCUGUGGAGCGAGAACUUUCUGCUGCAGUUGCCUUCGGGCUAUAAGUCCUAUGUAGCUGGCUGGGGCUCCGAUGAGAAUGGAAAUGUAAACACGCGUGUAGCUAAGAUGACAGAUACGGAUAUUGUCACCGAGUCGGAGUGCUUGCGCAACCUGAGGUCGACCGAAGGCGUCAGACUUGUCACGCCGAACACAAUUUGUGCGGGCAACAAACAGGCCGCCGGCCCCUGUAGCGGCGACUCCGGCGGUGGCCUCAUGCUUCAGGAGAACAAUAUCUGGCUGCUGCGCGGCGUCGUCUCGGCCGGCCAGGUGUAUACCAACCGCUGUGAUUUAACGCAACCCGUCAUCUAUACAGAUCUAGCCAGGCAUAUUAGCUGGCUGCGCGAGAAGAUCUGGCUAUAAGUCACGUCGUUUCUUUUAAGAGAUUAGUUAACUUGUGAUAGAAAAAGAGAGCUUUCAAAUUGUGUGCCAAAAUAAAUGCUAGCUUAGCUUAAUGAAAUUGAAAAAUUGCUGCGCCAGUGCAAUUUGUCAGUGCACGCAAUUUAGUUUCAUUACAUGCA